AUGGCUAAUCUGAAUUUCAGGCGUGUGAUCAUCAGAGAGGAUCCUCAGACGGCGUCUGUGUACAUUGCCGAGUACAUCGUCAGCCGUAUCAAGGAAUUCAAUCCUACAGAGACUCAACCCUUUGUAAUUGGUCUUCCCACAGGAAGCAGCCCCGAGAUUAUUUACAAAAUCCUCGUCCAGCGUCAUCGCGCCGGCGAGAUCUCCUUCAAAAAUGUCGUGACAUUCAACAUGGAUGAGUACGUCGGUCUUCCUCGCGACCACCCCGAGUCCUACCACAGCUUCAUGUAUAAGCACUUCUUCUCGCACGUCGACAUUCCUCCCCAGAACAUCAACAUCCUCGACGGCAAUGCGCCCGAUGCCGCAGCCGAGUGUGCCUCGUUUGAAGCGCGCAUUGCUCGUUACGGUGGAAUCGAACUUUUCCUCGGUGGCGUUGGACCUGAUGGACACAUCGCCUUCAAUGAACCUGGUUCCUCGCUGAGCAGUCGCACCCGAGUUAAGACUCUGGCUUAUGACACCAUCUUGGCCAACUCCCGUUUCUUCGAUAACGAUGUCAACAAGGUGCCUCGCAUGGCCAUGACUGUCGGUAUCCAGACCAUCAUGGAUGCGCGCGAGGUCGUCAUUGUCGCGACUGGUGCUCACAAGGCAUUCGCUAUCCAGAAGGGGCUAGAGGAUGGCGUUAACCACAUGUGGACCCUCUCCGCACUCCAGCUGCACCCCCACCCGCUAAUUGUCUGUGACCGCGACGCCACUCUGGAGCUUAAGGUUAAGACUGUGCGCUACUUCGAAUCUAUCGAACAAGCUGGUACCGAUGCCCGUACUCAGGGCCCUCCUUUGGUCUACCGCCCGCGCACCUAUGUUCCUGCUCCAGUCAAUGUCAAGAAGAGCUCUCAGCGCCAGCAGGUUACUCCGGAUACUACCCCACAGAAGGUGCCCAAGGAUCUGCGCAUCAACACCGAGCUUGGUCGGAAUAUCGAGGACGAUGAGUUGACCCCAGAUAGCAUGUCGUCUCGUAUGGUUGACUCGGCUAUUGGUGGUAUCGACGGGGCUUUGAAAAACGAUCUGAUCUUUGAUCGUAUGGGCGCGAGAGUGACUACACUUUAA